AUGAGCUAUGAGCGACGCCUCUUCUUGUUCACCAAGUGCGCGGGAAAACGUGAGCCAUAUGUUGCUGCAUUUCAAAGCCUGCACCGACUUAAUAUAGUCCGGCUGCAAAUGGAGCUCAUGCAGUUGGAAAAGGUGAUUGAAGAGUCCAAAGAGCUUCCGAAGGCCAAGAACGAGGAGUUGACACGACUUCUUCGCGCCUACACCAAUGCCAUCCGCGACUAUCAAUAUCUGAGCACAUUAGUGCCACUCACGGCCUCCCAGGCUCGGAACCAGCGCCUCGACAUUGAACAAGCCUUUAUUGAGGCGGGAACUGUGUCCAACGACCCUCAAUCUUACCGUCGCUUUCCCGACACAUCGCUCACGGCCAGCGAUCCCCUCCGGGACUUGUUAAAGGCCCUUCUGCCUACCUCCCUCACUUACACCAAGCGCGAGAUACGGCGCCACACGGCCGAGUAUCUGAAGGGCCUGCCGCCUGCUGACGUCUCACCGUUUGUGGACAAGGCGGCACGGUUCAUUGUUGCGUUUAUAGGCGGUGCUUCGCUUGUGGUGCCGAUGCUGAUUAUGAGGCUGCCUCGGGUUACGUUGGCGAAGAGCUUGGUCACGGUGUCUGUUGCCGUGUUGCUGUUUUCUGCUUUUCUGUCUGUUUUCAUGAGGGCGUCGAAUACGGAGACGAUGAUUUCGACGGCGACGUAUGCGGCUGUUUUGGUGGUUUUUGUUGGAACGACUUCAUGA